AUGAUGUUUCCAAGUGUGAUUCCGUCGCCUGCGAUGUAUCCGAACCUCUAUCGCCCAUCAGAGGCUUUGUCACUGCCUAGGUCUUUGCAAUCAACACUUACGUCUCACUCGAGCUUUUUAGUGGAGGAUCUUUUGCGGAUCAGCCGGCCGGCAAACAAUUCGCUUCGGGCGGUCCCCUCACCGAGAGUAUCUCCGCCGACCUCAGGACUCACCACACAGAAAACUGUUUCGGCCGAUCUCAUUAGCACCUCUACCUCUGUGGUUGGCGAAACACGUUCGCCACAAACUUAUCUUUCUACUAACAGCGACCCACAUUAUUUGAAGUUUGGAAUUAAUGCCAUCCUAUCACCAUCAACAACAAAUGCUUCGUCAACUCCCUCCAUUCAAUUCAUGCAGCCAAAAGCCUUUCCACUUCCCUAUUUUGAGGGAUCUUUUCAUCCUUUCGUCACAUCUUCCUAUUUCUCUGCGUCUUCUUCAGUUCCAGUCCCGGGGACUUUCUCUUGGCCACUCGCAGUGAGAGGGAAGCCCCGCAGGGGAAUGCUUCGAAGGGCUGUGUUUUCUGACCUGCAGCGAAAAGCUCUAGAGAAAAUGUUCCAGAAACAGAAAUAUAUCAGUAAACCCGACAGAAAGAAACUUGCUGCAAAACUUGGUCUUAAAGACUCCCAGGUGAAAAUCUGGUUCCAAAACCGAAGAAUGAAAUGGAGGAAUUCAAAAGAGAGGGAGCUGUUGUCUUCUGGGGGGUGCAGGGAGCAAACGCUGCCCACGAAAAUAAACCCCCAUCCAGAUCUCAGCGACGUUGCGAAAAGGUCAUCCGAAGACGAGGAGGAAGUAUUUCAUGCAGACAGACUGAGCGAGCCGUUCUCCCACUCCUCCACGGAGCGCAAAAUCUUGGACAGUGCAAAAUCACGUCUCUCGACGCCGUCGCACUGCAGCAAGCACUCAGACUUCUCAGAUUCGGGGGACGAGGAAAUCACCGUUUCCUAG